CUUAAGCUGCGUGAAAACAUAAAUGCCUCCUUGGUGAAGCAAGCGUCACCCGGUGAGAAACCUGCCAAGGUCUCCGUCAACGACAUCCUCAUCAAGGCCAUGGCAAUCGCAAACAAAGCGGUGCCCGAAUGCAACUCUGCAUGGAUGGGCAACUUUAUUCGUCGCUAUGCUUCUACUGACGUCAGUGUUGCUGUAGCUACGCCCAAUGGUCUUAUCACUCCCAUCAUCUUCAACGCCGACUCAAAGGGCAUUCUCACUAUUAGUCAGGAGGUUCGAGCUUUGGCUUCAAGAGCGCGGGAGAACAAGCUGAAGCCAGAAGAAUUCCAGUGUGAAAUGUUGGAGGAAACUGAUAUCAGGCAGGUUCUUUCUUCUGCUCUCCAUGCUAAUGAGGGUGCCGAUUUGGUUGUGGCACAAAGACACCGCGGAGUGCCAUCGUCGCGCCUAUCGAUUUGCCUUGGCAGCAAGGCAUGCGGCGGCACUAUCACUAUCUCCAACCUCGGAAUGUACGGUAUUUCGUCGUUCAGCGCGAUCAUCAACCCACCUCAGGCCUGCAUUCUCUCUGUCGGUGGAACGGAACAGGUUGUAGUUCCUGAUGAGGAGGAAGGCCACAAGGCGGUAACAAAAUUGGCCGUGACACUUUGCUGUGACCAUCGUGUUGUGGAUGGAGCCGUCGGUGCAAAGUGGUUGAAGGAGUUCAAGAGUUUAAUCGAAAUGCCAGCUCGCAUGUUGUUGUAG